UGGCCAUCCGGAACAUACGGACUUCCUCGUUCCAAGACUGGCUGUCCUCAACCCCCUCAUGGCUCUGAGUGGGAGACAGGCUGGAGGGUACAAGAUACGGAAGACUCUUCCAACGACAAUGGCUUCUCGGAUAGUUUUCAUUUAGAUGCAGUUGUUUUGGACAGUCAUGUGAACAGAAGUUUCUGCAUAAAACACGUACACAAAGUCGGUACUGGAGCGAAACCAUGGCCUCUGGGUAAUGAUUUUUCAAGCAUUUUUUAAUUUUUUCAACUUUCUCUCUUUUCGUAGUUGAACAGGACACUUUCACAUCAGCACGACGCCUUUUUCGUUAUUCCGUUAUUUAAAGCUCUUUGAGAUUUCCCGAUAUUCCCGUUGUGCUGGAUUAGUGACUAAUCUCGGUAUUACUCGAUUCUUCCUCUCAAGGCUCAGUAAUUAUUGAUAGAAUUCACUGGAGUCACGUGAGUUUUAACAAUGGAUGUAACGACCUUUGCUUUAUCUCAAACUUGAUCCACUUCCCGGGCAUAAACAAGGGCCAAAGUUUCAACAUGAUUUCACCCCAAAAACAACCCUCAAUUUCUUUUACUAUUUGGCUUCUCCCUAGAAUAUUUCAUACCCCCGCUGUAUAAACUUAUUAACGCUUGUUCGUUGGUUGUGCAGUAUAGGCCACCAACGGAAUCUUUCUAUCUCUUCCAACUUUUCACCUCUCGAGCCAUUUUUGUUUUUUCUUGCCACCCGAGCAGUGCUUUCUAAAACUCUUCGCUAUAAUUUCGCUUUUAAACUGUCUUCGUGUAACUUAAUAGGAUACUAAACAGGAUUAUGAACAUAAAAGAAACAUAUCGGGUCGUGAUUUGUCCGGUUUUAUGAUAAAAUAAAAUACGAAAAAUUAAAUAGCAAUUGUUUUUCCAGGCCAAUAUUGUAUUUACAAGAAAGGCACUUGUCCAGUAGGACUCAGCGAAGGAUUUAUACAGUGGGAUGACGAAGACAUACGUAACAAGAACAGUAAUGGUGGAACACUUCCUGAUGGUACAUAUGACGAUGCUACAAAGAUAUCGUUUUGUUGUCAGACGAAUGGUAACAAAUCCGAUCCCAUCAUUCUCCCCGUGGACAAACCUUUUUACUUGCUAGCUUACGGUUCGUCUGAGUGUCAGAAAGUAGAGAGGGCCCUGGGUACUGAGGAGUAUAUACAAUAUGACAACGAGGACUCAAAUAACUCAGAUAAAUGGGAAGGGAGUCACCCUUUUAUGGAGUAUUCAUACGUUACCAAGAUGAGAAUAACUUACUGUUAUUACCGUGCAGCAUGA